AUGGACUGCUAUGAUUAUCACGCACAGAUGCAAGAACAGUUCGAUGCUCCUAUGCCAUGGAUUGGCGUGUAUAUUGCAGCAGCAUCUCUAGUCUGUUCGGUUGCCAUGGCUGGAGAUGUCAUUUACGGAAUACGCCGGAAAAAGCUUUGGUUCGCAUGCAAAAUUUUCAACAUGAAUGCUGCUUCCCUCACCAUAUUAGCCGUGGCAACGAAGCUUCCUGUGGAUCUUACUACAGCUAUGUGGGGCCGAAUAGAUAGGAUCGCAAAGCUUAGCAGCACCAUUUUCGUGAUUACUGCAAUGGGUAACUUUUUAACUUCUUUUGCAUUCAUGGAUAAUAAUGCAAUACUCAUGAACAUUGCAGCCCUGGGUAUUCUUGUGAUCACCAUUAUAGUAAAUGCCUGCAUCCAAAUGGUUACUGGGGCAAUUGAAUACAGUAUAUGGGCUGAAGAAAUAUUUGUUAUCAGUUCCAUGUUUUUUUUGUUUGUGAUAUUGAGUUUAACGGUUUUGGCGGUUCCUACCACUAAAAGAUAUUUGGAGUUGAAAUACGAUGAAUUGCACACAAAAAUUUCUAAUGGGGGAAAAUUAGAGGAAACCGAGAAGCUAAUAGAUGGGAAACUGAAUGAGAUGGUGAAAAAAUAUUGGGUGAUGGCAGAAACCAGUAACCCCCAGUUUGUGAUGGCACGUUCUGUGACCUGCACUACAUCUGGGAUAAUGUGUCUGCUCACUGCACUCACAUUAGUUGAAGUAGCAAUCCGAAUGAACUCAGUGUAUGGGAGAUAUUGGAGAACUAAUUCUAAUUAUCGUUGGUCCACCUCAUGGAUCCUAUGGAUUCAGUUCUGUGGUGUGGUUGUGGGCACUGUUGCCCCAACAUUUAGGUGGUUUACUGCCAUCAGCUACAACUGCAUACACCUACUUGGAAGCAACCACCUAAACGAGUUGAUUUUUGUAGAAAACUACUGGAUCCAAAGGCUGGUCGAAUGGAAAGAGAGACCCUUACCCUUGCGAAUUCAAGGUGUGAAAUUCCGAAAACUUGUAGAGGAUGCAAAAAAUCUGGCCCUGAACAUAUGUAUAGGUGUCCAGUUCGGGAUCGUGGCAGCUAGCAAAUCUGUUCUGCUCAUCUCGAUUAUCUUGACACUCCCAUUCUUUUCCUGUUGCUACUAUGGCAAGAGGUUGAACAUGAAACUGAUAUCUAUCUUCACUGCUAAAUCUAUUUACGUAAGUUCAGGACCUGAAACUUCAAAUACAGAGCUUGAUCUUAGUGAUUAUAUUCUGCAACUUGAAGGUGAGGUGAAGCUGCCCACAAGGAUUUUGAAGAACAUCUGUCAUGAAGUGAAUCAAGUGAUUCAAAAGGGUAGAAGUCAAAAGCCAAAAUAUCUAAUUGAGCUUUUACAAAAAUCUAGUGACAACUUCGAAGCAGUCGCAAGUUUUGACCAUAGCCAGGUUCAGAAUUGUUGGACCCUUCCUGUGGUGAACUUAACCAGCAUUGCUAUUGCACUUCCCAACAUUGAAAAUCACAGGGUGGCACGGUUGAUAAGUAGCGUGAGUGAAGGCCUUUCGUAUGCCAACAUCAUUGAGGAAAGUCUUAGUACCAAAGGAGAUGAUUUUUUGAGCAUAAAACACGCUGCAGAUGUUGUGUGGAAAGGAAUUGAGCUAUAUGGCAAGUGGUUGGACAAGGAUUUCCGGAAACUUGCUCUUGAAGGAAAAACCACCUACGAGUUUCUUCAAACACUAGGUGAUAUAGCUGAAAAGACUGCGAUUGAGUUUCAAAUAAAAAUUACUGGAAGUUCGAAAGUUUUGGUGGCAACUUCAAUGCAUAGAAUUUGUCGAACUAUAUUGAAGGACUACAAAAGCAGUACGGAUGCCCACAUGGAUGAGAACUUUGCUGUAGAGGAAAGGGAGAAGAGUGUCAGACACGCUGCUUCUCUUCUCGGUGAAACCGAAGAGAUUCUGGAAAUCCUUCGAUGCCAUCAACUUCCGAGCUUAAGCGGCAAUCGAGCUGCGUAUAUCGAUGAGUGGUGCGCUUUCAUGAAGCAAAAGGACCCUCCAGCUAUUGUUGGUUCAUCCAAUAAUGAGAUAGAUGCUUCUGGUGAGUUGCAUUUAGCUGUGGAUGAGUAG